AUGGCUCAACUGAGCGAAAAUUCCUGGUACGUGUGGUACUUGCGUGAAGUCGAAGCCGGGCACCUCAAGUUGCCUGAGUUUGAUACCAAUGCGGGUGGUGAGGUUCAGAUUCAUUACGGUGAGGUCUACUGUCGCGUGGAUGAAUGCGGCAAGCGCAAGAAGCGGUUCUCCAGUACAAACAAUCUGCGCUCGCAUGUGCGGUCCCAUGACGGUGUGAUCUUGGGCAAGGAUGAUAAAGGAGGCCGGGUCAGCCAGGGCGAGGUGGAUUCGGCUGGUGCCUUUUCGGUGGCAAAAGCCUAA